AUGAUCGCGCUCUCGCCUUCGAAGCUCGCUCCGGCUCCCGCCAAUCCCUCCACGAGCUCCUCCUCCUCCCCUCCGUCGGCUUCCUUCUUCCCCAAUUCGCGCAAACCCGCCCCGCCGCCGCGCCUGCAUGUCCGCUCCAGGGGGCCCCGGACCCUGACGGGGACCUUCUCGAAGUCGUCGCUGGAGGAGGACGAGUGGCUGAAGCGCCUCCCGGACAAGACCAAGCCGCUCUACUCCCACAGCUUGUCCUGCAUCGAGGCCUGGCUGAGGAACAUGGGGAAGAGGAACAAAUCCCAAGGAGAAGCCACCUCGUCCCACCACAUCCCCCCAAGCGCUUCCUUCCCAACGCCCGCACAAGAGACGCGAAGCGGGAAGCCUCCCCCGCCGGCCCACCGCCACCACUGCACAAACCAAGCAAACGACUCCCAGACGCAGCGGCGGCAAUCGCCGAACAGAUCACGGCCGCGACCGAAACAGAACUCGCGCAGCAGCGAGAACGGCGGCAACCCUAAGAAGGGGCGGCUGGGGCUCCGCCGGCGCGGCCGAAUCCAAAAGGAGGCAAAAGAAGCGCGGAAGAAGAUGCAACUACAGACGGACGAGGACGCCGGCGACGCCGCGCCGCGCGUACGGAGGAGGCGGCGAGAGGAGGAGGAGGAGGAGGAGGGGGCGAUCGGCGCUGCAGGAUCCCGCCGGCGCGACGGCGAAAUCGACGGAACGGACGGAGCCGCGCUCGCAAUCGCGGGGAAAUCAGUCUAG